AGAGACAGACAGAAAGACAGACAGACAGGGAGCGCUCGUUUGUUGCCACUUGCUUGAGAUCACACGCUCGUCAAGAGAGAGAGGUAGAGAGAGAGAGAGAGAGAGAGAGAGAGACAGAGAGAGAGAGACAGAGAGAGAGAGAGAGAGAGAGAGAGAGAGAGAGAGAGAGAGAGAGAGAGCCACACGGUCAAUUUGAGCUUUAUCUAUCGCGGUGGGUCACUCAAUAAGAGCCAUUCGGAGCCAGAGGCGACCCGGAGCGCACAGGAGCCGCAGACCAUCACAAUAAGAGCCGCAGCAGAGAGCACAUUGCUCCACACAGAAGAAGAAAAGAACAGAGAGAGAGACGCGGAAGAGAAGUGAGAGAAAGAGAGGCAGAGAGAGGGACGGACAGCACAAGUUUUACUGUGCGGGAUCAUAGAGAGAAAAAGGCGGAAAAGUGAAAGCGAAGAGGCCGGAAAGUGUUGGAGAAGAUGCCGCGGGUAGUCCCGGACCAGAGGAGCAAGUUUGAGAAUGAGGAGUUUUUCCGCAAGUUGAGCAGGGAGUGUGAGAUUAAAUAUACUGGCUUCAGGGACCGGCCCCAUGAGGAGAGACAAGCUCGCUUCCAGAACGCUUGCAGGGACGGACGGUCAGAAAUAGCCUUUGUAGCUACAGGUACCAACCUCUCUCUCCAGUUCUUUCCAGCCAACCUGCAUGGAGAUCAGAGACAAGUUCCGACAAGGGAGUAUGUCGACUUUGAGAGGGAGACAGGAAAGGUCUAUUUAAAAGCUCCCAUGAUCUUGAAUGGUGUGUGUGUGAUCUGGAGGGGCUGGAUCGACCUACAGAGGCUGGAUGGGAUGGGAUACCUGGAGUACGAUGAAGAGAGGGCACAGCAAGAGGAUGCUUUGGCCCAGGCGGCAUUUGAAGAAGCUCGACGCAGAACCAGAGACUUUGAAGACAGAGAACGAUCACACAGAGAAGACCUAGAGGACCCUGUUUCUAAAAUCUGGGACUGAUGACACACAGACAGACAGCCAGCAGAAAAGAACAGGUCCAGAAGACAGCAGGACCCCAGCCCUGGCUCAAACAUGGCCAACGCUGACGUGGAACACAAGAUGCGCUGAGGAGGCAGAAGAUGAGGAAGUAGUGGAAGGAGGAAGAGGAAAAAAACAUGGGCUGGCUGUACAUUCACUUUCAAUACAAUCCACUGAAAAAAAAAUCAACUGAAAUUGCAAUUGUUGACCAAUUGUUCACCAUUAUUUCCUAACAGGUUUGAUAUCACAUUUACAUGCCAAACAUUUUUGACAUAUUUUAAAGUAAAAGAAAAGAAACUUUCUGAAAGUAUUGUAUUGAAAAUGAACCAAGCUCUAAAACAGAAGGAUUAACAGGAAUAUGGACACAACACACCUGGUCAAAACUUAGGUUUUUUUUUUAAACAGAGGAAGGAACAAAAGCAGUUGGAUUAGCAUUAAAUUGCAAAUGUGACACCUCCAGAGUUGUUUCUUGGGUGUUUCAGAGAUAUCAAGUAGAGAUGAAAUCAUUCAAAAACUUCUAUGUUUUUUGUCCAGGUCAUAAAUGAUUUGAUGGCUAUGGGUAGAUGUAGUACCAAAAGUAUAUUUUCUAUUAAUACAGGGGUUGCAAAUAUAUAUAUAUAGAGAGAGAGAGUUGAGGAGGAGAAGUAAAAACAGAAUACAGAAGGAGCAGAGAAAAAAGUGGUUCGGCUCAGGGUCAUGGUCAGGGCUUAUUGGUCAGGAUUACCACAAGAGCAUGCAUUUAAAGUGAAGUGUUGGCAGUUUGUGAAAAAAUAGAAAGAAAAACAUUGUGUCUACAUUGUUCAUUGUUGUACAACACUUCACAUUUGUGUGCAUGCCCAAAUUUACCUAGCUCACUUCCUGAAACCUGCUGUUUUCUUAGACCAAAGUUCACUUUGCUGGAAGGGGAGGGAGGAGGGAGGGUGGGGGGGAGGGAGGGAUGGGAUUAAAAAAGGGGGAAACUUGAGUUUUAAAGGUGGGCAGGUGGGAGGAGGGCCUCCAGAGAAUAUUGUAGACAGGUUGUAGGAUUAAGAAGUGUUUGCAGUACUAUAAAUUUCAUGAUCUUCUUAAAACAUGACUAUAGAAUCAUGGGUUAUGUAGCAACAACCUUGAGGCAGGACGGUUAACAAUAAAACUGCUACAAACUCUGCUAUCUUGGGCUCAGGAAGCAAUCAGAAAAUGAUGGGAUCUUUUUGGGGGGGAUGCAGGGGUGGUGGGGGCGGGGGAUAAAUGUCCUCUGUCCUCUGAGGGGUUUUGCACUAUGUGAUACAAUCAGAUUUCUUCCCUACAUGGAUUUUCUUUAUAUGCAUGAAACCAAACACAGGCCUACCUAUGUUCUCUAUUGUUCCCUAUGCAGCUGAUUUACCGUGAGAGCACUCCCUUUGCAGCUCUUAGAUAAGGAAUAACUGGGCGAUUUAACAUUACAUACUUAAGUCAAAAUAAGUCAAUGCUGACUUCUAGUUUCACAUGAGAUACAGUCAUGGAAAAAUGAUUAAAUCACCCUUUUUCUUCAAUUUCUUGUUUAUUUUAAU